UUUUUCCUCUCACCAAAUGGUAAUCACUGUUUACACGUUUGGAAAUGGGAAUGGGAUGAACAGCAAGCGGAUUUUUUCUUUUGGUGGAGAGACAUCAAGGACAUAUGACACAAUAUAGUGACCAUGUAUUGAGAUUGGGAACACAUUUUGCUUGCUUCUUUUUUGUUUCCCUCGUUGCCGUUGAGCAGUAUCACAUAGAGUUCGGGAUAAUCAUAGUUGGCGAGUUUCACACAAAUUCACAUCGCUCCUCUGCAGCUCAUGAGCCAAAGAUCCCCAGCUUGUUUAGGCCAGAGAUUGGCUAUGUCUCCGUAGGACGAAUAAUGAGACCAGCAUCCCUAUUUCAGUAUGUCCGACCGGCGGGACACGCACCGCAUGGAAAGGAUCAAACGUCAUGCAUGUAUUAUAGUCACUAUCGUACCCCUGGGACUAGUGGUGCCGCAGACUCCAAGCCCAAUGCUGUUUAUAUGAUGGAGAAAUCGUGUGCGCGCCCGGAGCGACGCGAGUUACAAAAAGAUAAAACAAAAGGGGGGUAUCCGUAUCCAAGGGAACAUGUCCGUGUCUAUUCGAUGCCAAAAGUGUAGUGACGUUGCAAAAUGAUGUAAAGAUGUUACUUUUCAGUCGUGCAUCGGGGGCUGAAGCAUAUGUUUGGCUCUGCACAUGUCUCGCAAUGUCGAUCUCCUCGCCGGAUCUGUGCAGGGCUUCACCAAAAGAACGAAUGACAACAGCCCGAUCGUUAUCCAGAAAAGGUGGAAAGAACCGCACAUUUCCUAGCAACUCAAGCACUCGAGUGGACUGGCGAGACGGUUUUCUCAGUGUGCGCGCUGC